AUGUAUAUAUUCAUUGUCUUAUUACAGUGGUGUGGCAAUCAAUUGUCUUUAACAAUUUAUACACUGGUGAUAGCUGCAAUUUUACCUUCAUUAAUCAAUAUCAUACUAAAUAUCAUAAUCUUUUCGCAUGUUCGAUCUUCUGCUCGUCGAAUUCAUCCACAAGCUAUUAGUGCAUUAACAAGCGAUGUCACUGCUCAACAACCGAAAAUUAGUCGUCGAGAAAUAUCAUUAUUACGACAGAUGAUUUUUAUGUUUUUAAUGUUUAUUGGAGGUUGGACUCCUGUUUACAUUGUUAAUAUUUUAGAUGCAGCAACAGAUUUGAAUUUUAUGAUCGUACAGAUUGCUGUUAUAUUUAGUCAAAUAUGUGUAUUGGGUAUUGUUAUUAAUUUGUUUAUAUAUAAUCAUGAACUUAGACAAUAUUUAUCAAAUAAAAUUCGAGUUUGUUUUCAUUGUUAG